GAAUGAAUGUAUAUGUAAAAAGUACAUACCAAUUAAACUCUUUCGUAAAACCCAACAGGAGAGAAGAAAAAAAAAAUCCCCAAAACCCCUUCUCAAAACACAAAAAUUGUAUGUUGAAUUACAUCGCCUCCAUUUCCGUAGCUACCUUUCUUCCACCACUCUCUGCACACACCGCUUAUUAUACUACACUUAUUACAACGCCCCUAUCAAACAACCGGUUCGGUAAUUAGUGUUUUUUUUAUUAAACCGGCUCGCUUCCAAGCCAACUAAUGGCGGCUCUAUUACCUUGCACACCGACUAUACUCUCUACUCCGUUCGCAAACCGGACCACAACACAUUUUCCACUUCGACCUCACUCCCACACCUUCCCACCCUCAACCAAACGCUUUCUUCGCGGUUCACUUUCCGUUGCCCGAUUCGGAUUUCAACCCGGUUUUUUACCCGAACCGGAAGAUGCUGAAUUCGUUAUUAGGGAAUUGUAUAAUCGAGCGGAAGGUUUGCUUUAUACGAUUGCUGAUGCUGCUGUUUCGUCUUCUGAUACGGUGGUAACCACCACCACCUCCACCGCCAAGCAGAACAACGAUUGGUUUUCUGGAAUUACCAAUUAUAUGGAGACUAUUCUCAAGGUACUCAAGGAUGGACUUUCUACUUUGCAUGUGCCAUAUGCUUAUGGUUUUGCAAUUAUAAUGCUUACGGUUCUUGUAAAAGCUGCCACAUUUCCGUUGACAAAAAAACAGGUAGAAUCUGGCUUGGCAAUGCGAUCUUUGCAACCUCAAGUAAAGGCUAUCCAAAAACAGUAUGCUGGGGAUCAGGAGAGAAUUCAACUUGAAACUGCCCGGUUAUAUAAAUUAGCCAACAUUAAUCCUCUAGCAGGAUGCCUGCCUGUUCUCUUAACAACACCAGUGUGGAUCGGGCUAUAUCGAGCCUUUUCUAAUGUGGCAGAUGAGGGACUUCUUAGUGAAGGCUUCUUUUGGAUACCUUCUCUUUCUGGUCCAACUACAACUGCAGCCCGGCAAAGUGGAAGUGCUAUCUCAUGGCUUUUUCCUUUUGUGGAUGGUCACCCUCCCCUUGGAUGGCCAGAUACGUUGGCUUACCUUGUCUUGCCUGUUUUGUUGGUUAUCUCUCAAUACAUUUCUCUUCAAAUAAUACAAUCAUCACAGGCUACUGAUCCCAACGUGAAGAGUAAUCAAGUCUUAAACAAGGUCCUUCCAUUAGUGAUCGGUUAUUUUGCACUUUCAGUUCCUUCUGGUCUUAGCCUUUACUGGUUCACAAAUAAUAUAUUGAGCACUUUACAGCAAAUAUGGCUUCAAAAGUUAGGAGGUGCAAAAAAUCCUUUGAGCCAAGUUCUAGAUGAUAAUGUGAGAAAUGACCCAAUGCAGAUUCAGAAAAAUGAUCCAAUGCAGAUUCAGAAGUCAGUAUCUAAACUAAAUUCCACAAAAGUUGAAGAAGCCAGAAAAGAUGAAAAAUUGACAUCAGAGGGGCCACGACCUGGUGACAGAUUUAAGCAAUUAAUGGAGCUAGAGGCAAGGAAGAAACAGCAGAGAGAAGAAGAAAAAAGGAAGGCUGAGGAAGCAGCAGCUAAAGCUAAUCACGAGCAAACAAUUGAAGGGAGAAAUCAAGCUGUAGGCGACUUAGUUGAAAAUUCCCAAUCUGUGGGUGCCGAUACUGAUCCAUCCAUAUCUGGAGUAGUAAAUGGUAAUCUGUUGAGUAAGGACUUGGAGGGAAAUCAGAAUUCUACAUCUAAAUCUGGUUCUGAAAAUGAUGAAGGUUCUGAUAAUUUCAAUGCAGUAAACAAGAAAAGUCUAGAAAAGGAACCAAGAGAAGUAUUAACAACCACAACUACAAACAAGCAACCUCAUGGAGAAGAUCCAGAUCAUGUGACAAAGGAUUGACCAAAUUAAAAGAGUUAGAAAUCUGCUGUAAGAUUGACCGGCCCAGUUGGCAUCUAUAGGCUAUGAUAGAAAUUAGAAAUGCAACAUCCCAUGCAAUUGGAGAUCUUCUGGUUAACAGUGUACAUUGCCACCGAAAUUAUGGAAUGAACGAGAUUCAAGGUUUCUACAAUUGCCGAGCGGGUGGGGUUGGGUUGUUAUAGAUUUGAUGGCUGAUAUGCAGCUUAACAGUUUGAGUUUGUAUUAUAUUUUUUCCAUCAAUUUUCACUGAUAAAUGAAUAAAGACACUACCCUUUAUAGUA